AUGCCAGGAAUGGAGACCACCACAGACACUGUGACCGAUGAGACAAAAAGUGAUGACAGCAGUCUAUCAUGCAAUCUAAUUAUGCUGCGUUCCCGGGGAGAGAAUUUGCAAUUCAUUACGAAACUUAAUCUGUGGGGUUUAAAACUGAAAGAUAUUUCCAUGGUAAAAUCAAUGCCAAAUCUAAAAGUAGUUAACAUGAGUGCAAAUAAUUUAACCACUCUUGAACCAUUUGUUAACUGUUUCAAUUUAUGCGAACUCUAUGUACGUAAUAAUCAAAUAGCGAAUAUUGAUGAAGUGGGACAUUUAAAGUAUUUGCAUAAACUUGAAAAAUUAUGGUUAUCUGGAAAUCCAUGUUGUCAUUUCUUUAAAAGUUUUCAAGAGAAUGAUACAACUUCAGCGGAUAGUUCAAUCGUGUACAGAUGCACUGUGAUUCGAAAUUUGCAGUGUUUAAUUCAUUUAGACCAAUCAGCUAUCACAUCCGAUGAACGUGAACUCUCUGAAAAUCAUGGUAUCCUGCUUACAGCACCACCACCGCCACCACCACCACCACCAAGUUCCUCCUCAUCGGCUGUUUCAUCUCGAUGUCAGUCAGCGAGUUCAGAAAACACGCUUAAUAAUAAUGACAAUACUAGUAAUUAUUGCAACAAUUGUAAUGAUGGUGAAGAAUCCAACAAUACACAUACAGUUGUCGAUGAUAUAACUUUAAGUACAGAUGUAGAAAUGAAAAAAUUAGACACUGCAGCAGCAGACAAGAAACAAAUUCCAGACGAAACACUAAAGAAUAACAAUAAUAAUACUAAUAAUGUCUUGAAAGAAGUCAAGACAAUCAAUGAGAAUAAGGGGUUAAUUAAUGCUUCUAUUUGUUCUCAAUCACCUUGUAUCAAACGAAAGCAUCAGAAUAGAUCAUGUCUACAGGAUGUUACAUUAAAAGAAACAAAUAAAAUUCGUCAAGAAUAUGGUUUAAAACCAAUAAAUAAGAAUAAAAUAUCAUCACCAGCCAAACGACUUCAAUCUGUCGAUCAAAAAAAUGAAAAAAUUGUUCGAAAUUCAAUAAUACGCCUAUUGAGAACAUUGAAUUAUGAUAGUCUGGAGAGAAUAAUUCAAGCGGCUGAGAAACGUUUACUACGUUUAUCCGGUUUAACAUACAAUCUUCAACUGCAAUCAUUUAUCAACGGUGAGACUGGUGAAGAUAAUGCCGAUGAUGGUGAAUGGACACCGAAUGGAACAUAUGAUUGUUCAAAUUAUAUAAAUGGAGCAAAAUGAACACACACACAAAAAAAACGGAAGUGUCACAUCAAUAAUGGCGGUUAUUUUCAAAUUAGGCGGGAUAUUAAUUGAACUUUGAUCAUCAUCAUCAUCAACAUUAUCAUUAUUUUGUUUUUCUAAAUGCAAUUUAUUUCUAACUUCAUUUCUUUUCAAUUUUUCACAAACUUAAUCAUUAAUCAAUUCUUUUUUUUUAAUGUACAAAAUUACUUUGUUUAGUAAAAGGAAAAGAUGGAAGGCUAUAGGCCUUCACAUAAAGUUGGUUAUAUCUCAGACAUAAUUUCUAAUUACUAAUGUGAAUCUAUUCAAUUAUCAUCAUUCCAGUGAUUUAUUUCUGUGGAUAAUGCCACACCUUAACUGUGAUUGGUAUUAACCCAUGUGUUUUUCUUGCCUUGCUUAUCGUUGGUAAAUUAUCAGACUGAAAAAUAUUUAUAGUAUUUCCUUGUUAUUAUUGUUUUUUUUUACUUAGACCUAUGCGCU